AUGUUCAGAUCUCUCGGAGCUCUCCGUUAUGGUUCGAGUUUAUUGAAUCGGGGUUUCUCCACAAGUGGCCCCAGCAAAGAGGUUCUCUUAUCCAUCGAUUGGCUAUUUCAGGGCGUUGUGAGUAAUAUGAAUGUGACGUAAUUUUUCGUUUAGCUGCCAAAUUUAAUGAAGCAACAAGCUGGAUCAAUUUUUGCCCGAAUGACCAGUGAUGUUGCUUUUCACGAUAAAAUUUUUGGUUAUGAAGUUCAGUAAGUUCUGGUGGUUAACAUUGUUUUCGGUUUUAGUGGUGUUCAUGACCUAAAUUUCCAUUUGAUGAAGGUUCGCGCAUAUUUUCGAUAUAAAAGUCCGUUUGUUAAAACUGAGGUAAGCCCUUUGUGUAUGUAUUUUUUACCUUGGUUUAGUAUGUUGGAGCAACGGUAUAUGAAGGAGACGAUAUGAUCACAUUCUUGUGGAAGUUGUCGCGGUUAAAUUCUAGUUUCAUUCGAUACUUCCCUGAAUUUGUAACGGGGAAAAAGGUAUGUUUCAAAAAUUUUUGAGAUGCAGUGGCCUGCUUUGCUUUAAUCUGCUGAGGGUUAAGAUUUGUUGUUGCAGCAAGACGUAAUUACAUACGAAGGGGCUCUCGAAUGUUAUGUGAAUGCUGAUGGGAAGAUUUAUAAGAUGAUCAAUCGACCAGUAACUGACGCUGAUAAAGAAGCUGCUGCUGAAUUUUCCAAGCUAAAAGAAGAAGUUGCAAAGGAAGAAGAAAGAAAAGCCCUGAGGGAAGAAUAA